AUGGUUUUGGGUGUAACUGAAUUGAUAAGUCGUCAAGAAGCUAUCUUCAGAGACUUGAAACUUAUUUGUACUAACUACAAAAAGGACAGCCCCACCAGGAAGAACUUGGCAUACUUGGAGGAGCGUCUUUCUCGCUUGAACAAUAGCUGGGAAAAAUUUGUUCACAACCAUCAAUUACUGGAAGAGUCUGGAGCAACAGACCUUCAAUACUUUGACGACGAUAUCUUCAACAGUACGAAGAAGAUGUAUGAAGAAGUGCUGCAAGACAUGUUGAAACGUAAGUCUGAACUACCGUCUGCGACUACCAGUAAGACGGAGCAACCACCCGCGACACCUAAGCAAGGUAUGGGUAAAUCAAAAUUUACGUUCGACGAUGUGAAAUUCCACGUUCCCCCUCGACAAACAAGCGAUUCGACGGAAAAUCAACAAGAUCUGCUACGUCAACAAUAUUGCAAUUUUAGAGCAUUUGAACGCACAGUAGAGAAAAUAAACAUUGCAUUGAUGGUCCUUAUGGAAAAAUGGGAAUUAGAAGACCAUUUAAACACACUAAAAACUAAAUGGGACCACAUCGAGAAAGCAAAUUGGGAACUUGAUUACAUAAUACAAGACGAGGACUCAAUUUAUCAACAAAAAUACAGUGCAGCAGAAAAACUUUAUGACGACGUAAAAAGGAAAUUACAACAUAACAUCUGGAAUAAUGCACAUUAUGAAAAAUCUACGCCAAAAAUUCAAAUACCGGAUUUUCAUGGUAAUUAUAACCUGUGGUUGACUUUUAGAGACCUCUAUAUUGAAAGUGUACAUAACAACCCGACACUUUCAAAGGCUCAAAAAAUGCAACAUUUGAAAACAAAACUGAAUGGUGAAGCAGAGAAACUGGUCCAGCAUCUUAGCAUCAGCGCGGAGAACUACACAUCUUGCUGGGAAAUACUGACCCACCGCUACGAUAAUAAACGGCUGCUAUUCACGUCAUACAUGAAUACCCUCCUGAAUCAACCUAGCAUUCAGUACCCCACCGCCACAAGCAUCCGAAAACUUCACGAUAUCAUGAUGGAAUGCUUGAAUGGGCUCAAAAACAUAGGGUUAGACACCACUAAUUGGGACCCGAUCGUGGUUCACUUGUUGGUUCAGAAGCUAGACAGUUUUACAUAUAACGACUACAUAAAGGAGAUCAAGAAUCCCAGGAACGUUCCCGAGUUGGAAGAGUUCGCCGAGUUUUUAGAAUCUAAAUUUAUGUCACUGGAAGCUCUACAGGGAAACAGUCAAAAAUCGUCAGCAAACAGACCAUGGAAAUCGGAAAAGCAGAAUCAUCAAUCACAUAAUUACAAGAAUAAAACACAAGGGUCAUCGUACUUUAACAAGUCACAAAACGCACCAAAAACCUUCUUCACGACAGCAAAAACUUGCCCAAUUUGCAAAACCAAUCAUGUGUUGAUGAAUUGCGAAAAAUUCUUGGCUAUGAACAUAAGCAAACGGAAUGACACAGUUCGCGGCUUGCAUAUUUGUAAAAAUUGCUUAUUCAGCCACGGUGACAAACAAUGCAAAUCGCGAAAGACGUGCAAAUUGUGCCAUAAGGCACACCACACACUUAUGCAUGAUAUUGGUGAAACCGAGCUAUCUAACAACAAAAAGGGGACAAAGGAAGAAAAUUCGUUGUCGACCCCUUCGACUUCUUAUGGGGUCAACAAUGUAACUAACGACGGAAAAGAAGUGCUGUUGACAACUGUACUUCUGAAGGUCAAAACAAUUGAUGGAAACUUCAUCAACUUAAGAGGUCUACUUGACCAAGGCUCACAAGUGAGCCUUAUAACGGAAAAUGCAGCACAACGCCUCAGAUUACAGCGACGUAAAGCGAGCGCCGUUGUUUCGGGUGUCGGAAGCCUAAGCGGCAACUGCAAGGGAGCAAUAAACUUAGAAUGUCGGUCAAUACAUUCAGACUACAAAUUCAACAUUGAAGCAUUAAUUAUGAAAAAACUUAUAAGUAAUUUACCUACUGCAUCGUUUUCAAUCAGCAGCUGGCAAUAUUUAGAUAAUUUAAAACUAGCAGACCCUCAAUUCAACUUGUCAAGUCCGAUUGAUUUGCUCUUGGGCGCAGAUAUUUACUCGGAACUUAUCUUAAACGGUAUCAUCAGGAGCGAUGAAAGGUACCCUGUAGCUCAUCAUACGAAAGUGGGCUGGAUUUUAUGCGGGAAUGUAAAAACAUUCAACUGUUUCGUGACACUGAAUGAUAUUGAAAACAUGACAAGAUUUUGGGAAACCGAGGAAAUCCCAAAUAAAUCCUCAUUAACGAGCGAGGAAAAACACUGUGAGGAAUAUUAUAAUUCCACCACAAUAAGACUGGCAAACGGACAGUAUGUGGUACAAAUGCCCAUGAAGCCUAACUAUGAAACAAAUUUGAGAAAUGCAAGAUCACAAGCAUUAGCACAGUUCCUACAACUAGAAAGGAAAAUGUGUAAAAACAAGGAACUGAGUCACGAGUAUAAGCGUUUUAUGAACGAGUACAUCGCGAUGGGGCACAUGGAACUUGGCACCGAAAAAAGUAAGAGCCGAGUAUAUCUACCUCACCACGGAGUGUUGAGAGCUGAAUCAACGACAACAAAACUAAGAGUAGUGUUCAAUGCAUCGUAUAAGACAAAAGGGGACAGUAGUCUCAAUGAUCACAUGUACUGCGGUCCGAAUUUACAAAAAGAUAUUCUGACACUACUAAUUAAUUGGAGAACGUUCAGAUACGUUUUUACGGCAGAUGUCGAAAAAUUGUAUCGAUUCAUAUGGUUGAACGAGAAUCAACAACAUCUGCAAUCCAUAAUCUGGAGAUCUUCUCCCAAUGAGCCUCUACGAGAGUGGCAGUUGCGCACAGUAACUUACGGUACAAAAAGUGCACCCUAUCUGGCAAUGCGCACCUUACAUAGACUCGCAGACGAUGAAAAUGAUACCUACCCGGAAGCUGCAAACAUCUUGAAAAAUUAUUUCUACAUAACGAAACUUUCACCAUUGCCGUUGAAACUGGAAGAAUCGAAGAACGAAGAGGAAAGCUUCGACGGCACGCGGUGA